AUGUCAUCACAUAGACACCAUGCCUUUCAUUUAGUUGACAUAAGACCUUGACCCUUGACCGGAUCAAUUAGAGCUAUGCUUUUAACAUCAGGGCUCAUCAAAUGAUUUCAUCAAUUUAAUCCAGACCUCCUCUUUUUCAGAUUUAUUCCUAUCUUUUUAACUAUAAUUCAAUGGUGACGAGAUGUAACUCGAGAGGGAACAUAUCAAGGACUUCAUACCCAAGCCGUCACAAAAGGCCUCCGGUGGGGAAUAAUUUUAUUUAUCGUUUCUGAAGUACUAUUUUUCUUCUCAUUUUUUUGGGCAUUCUUUCAUAGAAGUCUUGCACCUACAAUUGAAAUCGGAAUAUUUUGACCACCUAGAGGUAUUCAACCUUUCAAUCCUUUCCAAGUUCCCCUUCUUAAUACAACUAUUCUACUUUCAUCGGGAGCAACAGUAACUUGAACACAUCACGCAAUCCUUAACUCACACCAUUACGAAGCUAUACAAAGUCUAGGAUUAACCAUCCUCCUCGGAGUUUACUUCACCUCCCUUCAAGCAUAUGAAUAUUUAGAAGCAUCUUUCUCCAUCGCAGACUCAGUCUACGGGACUACCUUCUUUGUAGCAACUGGAUUCCACGGUCUUCAUGUGAUCAUUGGGACUUCAUUCCUAACAGUCUGUUUUUAUCGCCUAUUCAAAUGUCACUUCUCUAACAACCACCACUUUGGAUUUGAAGCCGCAGCUUGGUAUUGACAUUUCGUUGAUGUAGUUUGAUUAUUCCUUUAUGUUUUUAUUUACUGAUGAGGGAGAUAA